UUUCACAUUUUUACAGCAUUUAACUGUUUAAUUUCUACUUAUUUUAAUAAAAAGGUUUCAUAAUCCCAAAAGAGAAGCUCCUGAUGCUGCUUGAAAAACAUGGGAGUCUUGCAUCUGAUGUUUUGGAAGAAGCAAUGACCACUCUUCAAAUGGACACCCCUGAAGUCCCCCCCAACAUUCACAGGUGGUUAAAUGGCAGUGAGAUUCAGUGUCAGAGGUCAUCACAGAAACAGCAUCCGAGUACCACGUGUUCUAUGGGUUCCACAGAUAAAAAACCUCAUACAGUGUGUGUCUCUUCUCAUACUGGAACCAGACGUCAUAAAUUUAUGGAAUGUAACAGCGAUUUUAGUUUGGAGAAGGAUCUGAAAGUGCUUCUGGAAACUCAAGAGAUUGACAGAAUGUACAAAGCGGAUGAGUGUAAAACAGUUUCUACAUUCCAUUUUCUAAAACACUGGAAAGGUUACACUGAUGAGAAAUUAAGGAGGAGGGUCCAUCCUCAGGAUGUUGAUAAAUGUUCCAGAAUAUUUGAAGGAAGUAAAACGAAGGAGAAAUGCAAAAACAGUUUGAAAACACAUCAAAUAGCAAAUGCUAAGGGGACAUUAUUUCAGUGUGCUACAUGUGGCAAGUGUUUCAUAAGGAUGAGUAGCCUUAUUCAACAUAAGAAUGUCCACGCUGGCAUCAGUCCAUUUAAGUGUGCCACGUGUAACAAGCACAUUCCAAAUAAGUUUUCCCUUGCCAUCCACAAAAAAACUCACACAGGGGAGAGACCAUAUAAAUGUGCAACAUGUGACAAAGCUUUUACAAAGAAAAGCAGCCUUACAGCCCAUGAGCAAAUACACACUGGAAUUAAACCAUUUAAAUGUGUCACUUGUGGCAAGAGAUUUCUAGACCAACCCAAGCUUCAGAGACAUAUUAAUUCCCACACAGGGGUGAAGCCAUAUAAGUGUACAAUAUGUAAUAAGAAUUUUGGACAGAAGGGUGCAGUUACAGUCCAUGAGAGAAUCCACACUGGAACUAGGCCCUUUAAAUGUGCCACAUGUGGCAAGAGCUUCAUACAGAAGAAAGCCCUUACGCUGCAUGAAACUACACAUACUGGAACAAAGCCAUAUAAAUGUGUAAUAUGUGGAAAAAGCUUUGCUUGGAAGCAGUCCCUUCAAAUCCAUGAAAAAAUGCACUCUGGAAAUCAUCCUUUUAAAUGCUCUUUGUGCAGCAAGAGUUUUGUACUAAAGAGAAGCUUUAUAUCCCAUGAGAAAAUCCAUGCUGUAGAUAGACCAUUUAAGUGUUCCAUUUGUGGCAAGAGUUAUGUAUACAGACAUAGCCUUGCUAGGCAUAAGAUUGUCCACACUGGAGAAAAGCCUUACAGCUGUACAACAUGUAGUAACACUUUUAUAUGCAAAAGCAGCCUCAGAGUUCAUGAAAAAAUCCACAGUGGAGAAAAGCCAUACAGCUGUACAGCAUGUAGUAAGAGUUUUAUAUACAAACGCAGCCUCAAAAUUCAUGAAAAAAUCCACACUGGUGAAAAGCCGUAUGAAUGUGAAACAUGUGGCAAGAGUUUCAGAGAAAAACACCACCUUGAAAUCCACAAGAAACUUCACACUGGACGUGAAGCCUUUAAAUGCCCGGUAUGUGGCAAGACAUACACAGAAAAGUGUAAUCUCAGAAGGCAUGAGUUUGUCCACUCUGAGAAGAAGCCAUAUAAAUGUGCAUCAUGUGAUAAAAGUUUUUCACGGAAGGGCAACCUUAGGCACCAUGAGAAACUCCACAGUGGGGAGAGAAAAAUCCAAAGGCAAAAGAAGAAAAUUGCCCCUUCUUAAUAAUUCAGUGAAACAGGUACCUAACAAUUCAGCAGGCAUGACAAGAUGUCAUAACUAAAGAAAUUUUUCUAAAUUAAUUUGUAGUAACUAAGUCAGAUAAAUGAAUUGAAAAUUCAGACAAGGCUAGCCUGGCUCUGUGACACAGAGGGCUUGAGCCCUCACUGAGAUCCAGGUAUCUGGGGUUCAGUUAAUGGCCCAAGUAUUGAAGAAACCAGGCAGGGGGUGGUGCAUGGAAGAGGCAGAGUUUGCACACAUGUGCCAGGGGGAGGGUUGCUCGUAGUUAAUGGUACACAGGUUGGUGCAGUUUCUCACAGUGCAGACUGAAGACACCACCAGUAAGUGCUUUUAGGGAAGGAGCAGAACUGCUUGGAAAGAACUCUCCAUGUGGAAGUGAGGAGAUGUCUUUUGGAGUCAGCCCACUGUACAUCCCAUCUGGGCACUUCACUCUGUGCAUGUCCCCUCUGGGCACUUCACCAUGUUCAUGUCCCCUCUCCAGCACUUCACCAUGAGCACAUCCGCUCCCCAGCAUUUCACUGUGUGCAUGUUCCCUCCCCAGCACUUCACCUUUCUCACACCAGGAAAGUAGAUUCCAAAUCAGACAACCAACCACUCUUGAUGACUGUGCAAAUGAUGGCCUCUCCUGGUCAACCAGCACUCUGGUGAAUGGGAAUGAACAGGCUGAUUGGCCUUGAGGGGGAUGGUGAUUGACAGACAGUGGGGUAAAAAUGACAAAA